GGUGCAUUUGACUAAUGUAGGUCAUGUCAUGUCAUGUCAAGAUUUCCCUUGCUGACGAAGCUAUGCAUCUUCAUCUGGAUUGACAGAUAUUAGUCGCAACGGCAUUUUAAGUUGCGAUUGGUAGGGACCUCCAGAUUGUUUCUCUAAGAACAUGAGGCUCUCUACCAAGCAAAAACUUUUUCCUGGAGGGAAAUAAGAAUUACUAUGAGCGUUAGUUUGGGAACUUCAUAUUUUGGAAUAUUCCUAUUUUCUCAAGUGAAAAUGUUACGUCCACUACUCCUGAGCCGGCGUGCUGCUCUUCCGAGAAUGAAGCCCAAGUCGCAGAAGCAGGCCCAAGAAGGGGAAGCCGUGUCCGCAGGCCCAGUUCUCGUCUACAGGGUUUUGUGUAGCCUAGAGGAGAGCUGUGAGAGAGAGAGUUAAAUGGCGGCUGCCAUUGUAUGGAUGCAGACUUGAACAAUACGAACACAAAAAAAUCCUGCAGAUUCUGUCGUCCUCCCUUCUUCCUCCUUGAGACUUCUUCUACCACUAUUCCACCGCUGCUUCUAACAUUUGGUAUCAAAGACAGCGCUCGCGUCCUGGAGCCCUACCACCAAUACUACACUCGGCGUCAGAAGAAUUUAGGCGCCAUGGAUCCCAAUUUCAAACCGAUCUUCGAAGAAGCGAUGAAGAUGAUGCGAGUCGAGAUCACGAAGGAAAUCUCCAAGUGCUUCGCCGACCACGAUGCGGUUGUCAACCAACGCUUCGCUGAUUUCGCGGCGGCUGCAGAACACAACAACGCCCGCGUCACAUCUCUGGAAGAGGCCGCAUCCAAGUUCGAUCACACCUUCUCCAACUGGCAGCCAGAGAUCGAGGCCUCCGUCGCCGACAUCAGGCUCGAAAUCUCCAAGCUCAACAAAUUCUUCGAUCGCGACGCUCGUGAACACUCCGGGUUUCAACUGGGUGUUCUGGGUACUGAGUCGACGUCCGCGCGCCCAUCUGCCGGAUUCCGCGUCGACGGGCCUCGUGGCCACCGCGCCGAACCUCAUUACCGGGAUGAUGGUCCUGGGUUCCACAACACCCAGACCCAUCACCCGGUCAAGGGCUCGUUGGUUCAGGUAGACCCACUUCAGUUCCUCACAGCUCAACUGCUUCACUCUUCCUCCGGACGUCCUUGGUCACAAAUCAGGAACACAUAUGACACAACUACUGCACUCAUUCAUUAAUGCCUUGGGAUGCAUAUAUAA